UCAAAUUUGCAUUUCCUUGUUCGGCACCAGAUUUUUCAACCGAACAUAUCUACUGUUGGUAAUAUCACCGUAUCUGUUUACUUAUGUGCGGUGGUAAUAUUGAAGAAUACAUUAGUUUGAAUUCUGUGGUUAUACCUACAAUAUAAUUAGAGUUAAUGUACUGCCACCGUUCCUGGCUUCCUUAUUAUACAACGUGUUCAAAUGCAUCGUAAAUGUAAACUCCUCUACACAUAUCUUUUCACUAUUAACAAAGCAGAAGACUUCCUACAUUGUAUAUUGAAUAAAAUUCAAUUGAAAUGAUAUCAGCAUGGUCAAGAAGCAAUAUCAUAAUAGAGUUGGUAUUUGUUUUAAGCCUAUGCAGGUUUAUUGCACACUAAUGAUUGCAACUUUGGUUGGAAUGACUCUUUUGCAUUUCUUUUGGAAAAAUGCAGAUGACAUAAAAACAGUACAUGAGCAAACAGAACUUUCCCAAAAAACAUUGGCGCAAAACCAUGCUGAUCCCAGAAAGUCUACAUUUCAAGGAGAAAAAAUUGUUCAUUUAGACCUGAAAGGAGCACCGCCAAAGAUAACAUACUACCAUAAACUGUUUCCAUUACUAGCAAAAUUAGGUGCAAGUGGAAUUCUCAUUGAGUAUGAAGAUAUGUUUCCAUAUAUGGGUGAACUCGAAAACAUUACUGCAUUGAAUUCUUAUACCUUAGAGGAUAUAGCCAUUAUAAAUAAACUUGCACAAGAUAAUAAUCUGCGUAUUAUCCCUUUAAUUCCAACAUUUGGACAUUUAGAAUUUAUUUUGAAAUUAUCUGAAUAUAAAGACUAUCGAGAAGUAAUGGCUUAUCCACAAGUAAUAUGUCCAAUUCACAGAGAUACUCUGAAAUUGAUAAAAAAUAUGGUAAUACAGAUUGUUAAAUCACACCCAAAUAUAGAUUCAAUCCAUAUAGGAGCUGAUGAAGUCUACUAUUUAGGAAUUUGUAGUGGCUGUACAGAAUAUAUGUCAAAGAAUAAUAUCUCUAAAAAUGCAUUAUUUUUAAUGCAUGUUAAAAAUGUUGUUGACAUGAUAAACACACUCUUUCCUAAACUAAAAAUCCUAAUGUGGGAUGAUCAGUUCAGAUCACUAUCAGAAAAAGAGAUGAAAAUGAUAAAUUUUGACAUAGAACCAGUUGUUUGGAAAUAUACAAAAGAUGUUUAUGAUGAGUUGGGUCCCAGCCUAUGGGGAAGUUAUAAAAAAGUAUUUUCUAAAAUUUGGACUGCAAGUGCUUUCAAAGGAGCUACAGCUAGUAAUGCAUUUGUCUCCAAAGUUACCCAUUAUCUUCAGAAUCACCGCAGUUGGAUGUCAGUAAUGGAGGAGUUCAAACAUCAGCUCAAUUUUCAAGGUAUCAUUAUUACAGGAUGGCAGCGAUAUGAUCAUUUUGCUGUCUUAUGUGAACUGCUUCCAGUAGGUAUUCCAACAUUAGCAAUGAGCCUCAGGUUACUUCAAGGCUAUGACGAUUCUCCACUUAGUCCCCCAAUGGAAGUUGCUAAAAUAUUGCAGUGUGAACAGCCCUAUGGUUUAAUUGGACUUUUUUUUGGUAGCCCCAAAUGUUCUUUUCCAGGAGGUGAUAUUCUUGAAUAUGUACUUCAUCUUGAACAGCUUAUUCAAGAAUAUGACAUAAUAAUGGAAGAUUCUAGAGUGAAAGGGUGGAUGAAUGAUUACAGUGUUGCUCAUGUUUAUUCCAGUCCUAGUUAUGUUGAUUCAGCAACUUCUUCCUUGAGUAGAAUGAAAACUGACCUUGAACAAAUUGACUCUGGUAUAACAAUCGCUAUGGCAGAUGUGUAUGAUGAAUACACAAUCAAUGAAUGGAAGGAAACUUACAUAAAGCCAUUAAAGAGAAAAAUAAAAAAAAUUUGGGAUAUAAGAAAACUUCUUCUUGAAAGGGACACGUGGCCAAGAAGACCUUUAAAACAUGAUGAGAAUUAGAAUAUUGUUUAUUGUAAUCCAAAUGAAACUAAUUUUAUUGGUAAAAAUUCAUAUAUAAUGUAUGAAACUUUUUCAUGUAAGCAUACUUCUAUCUAUGUUAUUUUGUUAUGUUGCAACUGUGUUAACGAUCAUAUUUGCCUAAAAUCUAGUAUUUUGUGCAGAAAAUGAUUCGAAGAUUGUAAAACAAAGCAAGAAAAACUAAUAUGAUAUUGCCAGUGGCAUGUGUAACAGUAACAACUUUCUGAUGAUGA